CUCAAAAGACAACAUAGUCAUUAGACUCAUUACGCUUAUUUCCCACCACAAAGGGAAGUCAGUCAGAGACUCCCAAACGCUCCUUUCUCUCGCUUGCUCCGCUGGAAAAACCAGGCAAAACGAAAAUGCAGUACAAGAACCUGGGGCGAUCGGGCCUGAAGGUGAGCCAGCUCUCCUACGGGGCGUGGGUGAGCUUCGGGAACCAGCUGGACGUGAAGGAGGCGAAGUCGCUGUUGCAGUGCUGCCGAGAUCACGGCGUCAACUUCUUCGACAACGCCGAGGUCUACGCCAAUGGCCGAGCCGAGGAGAUCAUGGGUCAGGCCAUUCGGGAGCUGGGCUGGAAGCGCUCUGACAUUGUCAUCUCCACCAAGAUCUUCUGGGGCGGCCCGGGGCCCAACGACAAGGGCCUCUCCAGGAAGCACAUCGUGGAGGGCACCAAGGCCUCGCUCAAGCGCCUCGACACGGACUACGUCGACGUCAUCUACUGCCACCGCCCGGACUCGUCCACGCCUAUCGAGGAGACGGUCAGGGCCAUGAACUACGUGAUCGACAAGGGCUGGGCCUUCUACUGGGGCACCAGCGAAUGGUCCGCCCAGCAGAUCACUGAGGCUUGGGGCGUCGCCGACCGCUUAGACUUGGUCGGCCCCAUCGUCGAGCAGCCUGAGUAUAAUAUGCUAACCAGGCAAAAGGUUGAGACUGAGUUCCUUCCUCUGUACAGCAACUAUGGCCUGGGUCUUACCACUUGGAGCCCACUUGCAUCGGGAGUGCUUACUGGAAAAUACAACAAGAAAGUUAUACCGGCUGAUAGCCGGUUUGCAUUGGACAAUUACAAAAAUCUUGCUAAUCGGUCGUUGGUUGAUGACGUGCUUAAAAAAGUUGAAGGACUGAAGCCAAUCGCAGAUGAACUUGGUGUGCCAUUAUCUCAACUAGCAAUUGCGUGGUGUGCUGCAAAUCCUAAUGUCUCUUCUGUGAUUACUGGAGCAACGAAGGAAUCUCAGAUUCAAGAGAACAUGAAAGCUGUUGAUGUCAUCCCACUACUGACUCCUGCUGUGAUGGAGAAGAUUGAGGCUGUUGUUCAAAGCAAGCCAAAGCGUCCAGAUUCAUAUAGGUGAAACAAAUUACUUGUCAGCUCCUCUGUAUUCUUCUGCGCAUGUGGUGGUAAGAGUACAUACUUAAUUCCAAUGAGCUGGAAUGCCUUGCCUGAUGCUUAGUCAUCUCUUGUUUCUCUGAACCAUUUGUGGGAUUUAAUUUGUACCUGGUCCUUUUUUAUUUUUUAUUUUCCUUAUAUUUAUGAGAUUUUAUAUUUACCUCAA